AUGAAACGCUGCCGUCCAGCGGAUCCUCUCCACCACUACUAUGCCAGAGCGCUGGACAUUACCGAGGCUUUGCACUCAUCCAACGCACAGUCCUGCCCAGUCCGGCCAUACCUCAAAGGCGAACACUAUGCUUGCAAAGGCGCUAUCGGCCAAGACCGGACCCAGCGCAUUCUGCACUUACUCGAAGACAUGCACUUCCACAAAAGCGCGUUAAUCAACGAUCCUAUCAUUGACACCUACGCCGUCGCCUCCAUCUACCGCAUCAGUGCAUUGAUCACACAGGCCACAUUCUGCUCCAAGCACAAGGCGGAGGUGCACAAGCAGGUGACCAAAACUCAGCUCGACCGCAUCUCCUCCAAAGCUCUGGAGUGUGCCCUCUUCCAGCACCCCAACCGCAACGCAGGAGAGGAGAUUCACGACUUGCAAGGUGUCAUGCGGAUGCUGCAGGCGGACCAUCCUCAGACCUCUUCCUUUGGCACGGCGAAGCGUGCUCACGAGAAGUGCGAGAAGGAGGAGGAAGGCGAUACGGUCCAGCCGUCAACACCCAAGAAACCGCGUCUCUCAAGUAGUGGGUGGGUUGGGUAUUGCGCCCCAUCUAUGAACACUUCCAUCGGGCCGCCGAGCAACGAUCCAACCUGGAUGAACCCUUCCUGGCUGCCGAUGGGCGAUCCCUUUUGGCAGCCCUCCGUCGACGGCAGCACCGCCCACUCGCUGCAGGGAACUACGCCGGAAGAUGGGAACGACGUCCAUCAGGCGGGCGAGGGGACCACCCUCGGCAAUCAUUGGUGGCUCACUCCCCUUCCAAGCAACACGUCGGAGCAGCCCCUCCUCCCUCAGGACGGUGCUCAGCUCUCUGCAGCGGUGGCACCCGGCCCGGCAUCUCCUUCGGCGGAGAGGCUGUCUCGUCUCAUCACUGUCCGUGCGGGUGGACCUGCGUCGUCGAUGGGAAAUGACUUGCACGCCGUCGACUCGCUGCCGGGAGGAGGACAUGUGCAUGGCGAAGGCAACGUCCAUCAAACCAGCGAUGCGGCGAACCUCUAUGAUAUGAUCUUUGGUGAUGUUGAUUCCAACGCCAUGGACUUUGACGCCACGAACUUGGACCCCACGAACUUGGACGCCACGAACUUCGACUACACGUCGCUCACUCAACGCUACCCCCAAUCAAACGACCCAUCAAAGCAGCAACUCCUCCCAACCGAUCUUGCCCGCAGUUCCGAGCUUCCCUCUGCAGCGACGAGCCGCGCCGACUCCUCGACCUCCGCGCCGUCAUCCUCGCAGACCUCUCCUUCCGCGCCGUCAUCCUCGCAGACCUCUCCUUCCGCCCCGUCGUCGCGGAGCACACUUUCCGACGAAGACGACGUGCUGCGCGAGCUGUUCCCCGAUGUCUGA